CAGAAGCCUAGAUAUCGACAUGGGGACAGAGAACAUUAUGAAUGCAGGCACCCUUUGAGCCUUUUCGGGAAAGCAGAAGUGACAUGUCUAAGGGGGAAGUGGACAGACCCACCUGAGUGCAAGGAGUCCGCAGGAAAAUGUAAGCCCCCUCCUGCUAUUGACAAUGGAGAUAUUACCACAUAUCCAUUAGCAGUCUACACUCCCGGGUCUUCAGUGGAGUAUCAAUGCCAGGCCUACUAUGAACUUGAGGGAAACAGGAGAAUAACGUGCCGUGAUGGACAGUGGUCUGAGCCACCCAAAUGCUUAGAUGCAUGUGUAAUAUCAGAAGAAAUCAUGGAAGCACAUAAAAUAGAGUUGAAAUGGUUAAAUGCGAAAAAAAUUUAUUCUAGAACAAAAGAUUAUAUUGAAUUUAGGUGUCAAUAUCCCUAUGAUGAAGUGUCACCAACAUCUGCAUUCCGAGUACAAUGUCGAGAAGGAGAGCUACAGUAUCCCAGUUGUGCAUAAAAUGAGAGCUGUGUGGCAGUUUUCACAUUAAAAUAUGCGCCUUCAUUCAGAAUUUGUUAAUAUUAAUCUGAUUCUUCUCAAUAUAUUUUUCUAGUAGGCUGUAACUCACUUGUAUUCAUUAAUCACAAUUUCUGUUAAAUGCCAUGUGGGAGAUGUCAUUGUAAUCUGAGACCAACGGACCACUUCUCAUAAGCAUCUCAUUAAAAUGUGACAAACCAACA